AUGGAGAGUACAGAUAACUCCCCAUGGAGGAAACAACGCUGGUAUGAGAUGGGACCCACGGACUUGCUGGAGCGAAAGGGCUCUCUGACCCUCCGCUCCCAAAACAAGAAGUACUCCAAGCCUGUGUUGGUGCAUUCCUGGCACCUCGAAAGACAAGCUUUCCCCAAAGAUUAUGAUACAGAGAAUACGGACCAAGUAAUAAACUUGUGUAAAUCCUCAUAUCAUCGACUCGGAACGGAGGAGCCUCCUAUUUGGAUAUCAGAAACACGUGAACAAAUGUCACAGGUUUUCUUAAACCGAGAACUGGCUGAAAAAAGGAACAAGGCCUUACUAAGUGAGGAAACAAUGAGCUCUGGGAUUGUUGACAGGGACACUGGCUUACCCGCUACAGGCUUUGGAGCUCUCUUUAGGAGACAUCCACCUGAUAGGAACAAAAUGUCGUCACUGACCACAUACUCUGAAGAUUACAUUCCACCUUUCGAUUACCAGCCAUGUGACUUUUCCUGUCAGAAUGAUUACUCUAUAGUCCACAGAAAAUGCCGGUCUCAGUUCACUGAUCUAAAUGGUUCCAAAAGAUUUGGUAUCAACAUGUUUCAUGAUGAAAGCGGGAUUUAUGCUAAUUCAGAUGCAAAACUAAAACUGUACUCAUUGUCUCAGAAUCCUGUUACACCAUUUUAA